AAAGAGAAGAAUCGGCAGCAGCAGCAGCAGCGGCAGAAAGAAACAUGGCUAAAGCUGCAGGAGAAGAAACGGAGGAGUUAGAUCACAGAGUCAAGAGGGUGAAGUGUGACAGUGAGAACAAUGGAGGAGAGACUCUUCUGUGCGGGUUUCAAACAUCCAGCGUGUUGAGCGACUCUGCCCGGGAGAAGACCAUCUUCAUCCACGGAAAGCUGGAUGAUCAGGAUGCUGUGGUGAUUCUGGAGAAGACUCCCAUCAGAGAAGACACCCUGACUGACCUCUUCACCGGCUCCAGGCUGAAGCUGGAGAUGAGAAACGACAUUUACAGCACGUACUGGCUGCAGGCCCCCCCUCACCUCAACGAGAUCAAGACCACUGUGGUGUGUCCAGCCACAGAGAAGCAUGUGAAGAAAUACCAGCGUCAGGAGAGUUUCCUGGUGGAGGAGUCGGGGACGGACUACGAGUCCAUCACUCUGCCCUACAUUCAGAGGCAGAGUUUCAGCGUGCAGUGGGUGUACAACAUCCUGGAGAAGAAGGCAGAGGCAGAGAGGAUCACUUAUGAAGAUCCGGACCCGGAGGUCGGCUUCGUCCUCCUCCCUGAUUUCAAAUGGGACCAGAAACAGGUAAAUGAUUUGUACCUGAUUGCUAUUGUACACAAGAGGAACAUCAGGAGUCUGAGGGACCUGACGUCCGAGCACAUACCACUACUACAGAACAUCUUCCAGAGAGGAAAGGAGGCCAUCCUGAAGAACUUCAACCUCCCAGCCAGUAAGCUGAGAGUGUACCUGCACUACCAGCCGUCCUACUACCACCUCCACGUCCACUUCACCAAGCUGGGCUACGAGGCUCCGGGCUGUGGUGUGGAGCGUGCCCACCUCCUGGCUGAUGUCAUCCAGAACCUCCAGUCCGACCCGAAGUACUACAAAACUCGGACACUGUACUUCCCCCUGAGGGCCGAUGACGGACUGCUCGGCAAGUUCAAGGAGGCAGGGAGACUCUAGUUUCUGAGCUCAAUUUAUUCAUAAAUUAAUGAACAGUCAACGAAUAUUUGGAUCCAUUAUUUUUACGUGUUUCAUUCGGAUUAUUCACUUUUUUAUAAAUGUCUCUACUAAAACCCGACUGUGUGGAUUUUUGGUGAGGAAAGCCGAUACUGAUAUCAGGGAGUAAAAUAUUUUUCAAUCUUUGUUUGUAAUAUUUUCCAUAUGUAAACUGACUCAAUUAAACAUGUGUUUUUCUA